CGACAACAUGAAAAUAUCGCAAGCAAACUCAGUGCGACAGCACCUCCCUCGCCCGGAUCCGAUUCCUGAUCGAUUUGCCGCCUCUUCCUGGUCCACCGUCUGUAGGUCCAGUGCCAGUUCCUCUGACGAAUGCAAUAAACUCGGCUUUUUAUUCCGACUGCUCAACACAGGCGAAGGAACUCAGCGAUUGUUAGAUGGUUGUAAUAUUUUUCUAACACCUCCAUCAUUUUCAUUUUUCAUCUAGUACGGCGGACCACAACUCUUUAUCGAAGCAACACGUGUAGAAGUUCUCCCGUCGAAAAUAAACCGCCUUCGUCGGCAAACAUCGACACAGAAUGGCCACCUUCGACGAGCGGAAAGCGAAAACGCUUUUGGCGAUCGACAAGUCGCCAAAGGGAAGUUUUGAUGCCCCAAUUCUGGACCUGUUGAGCUACAUCAACUCUUUACCAAACUAUUGCACGACCAGCAGCUGCUCCGGUCGUAUCGCGGUGUUUCAGCACAACAGAAAGGAACCAACGAGGAGUGGUGGAAAAAGCGUGUUUAGUAGUAAAAGUACCAGAAGAGUCGAGAAAAAGAAAAGCUCCGCUGCGGCAGCGGGAGAAGAUGAAAUGAGAACUGCGAGAACAUCUUCAGCCGAAAGAACACCUGCAACUUGCUCUUCACCGCCAGCUGACGCAGAACAAAAUGCCCGUUCGGCAGGAGAGAACGCUCUUACCACCACUACAGUCCCGUCUUCAGACGACCCCGUGGCCGACCUGGUCACGCAGCACCGUACCACGGCGAACAACGCGGAUAAGGGGGGAAGUUGGGUGUUCGUAGAUCACGAGCCGAACCAGACGGACCUGUUUACGCUCUCCUCCGUAAUCCGGCGAAAACUGCGGCAGCUGGACGAGGACACCCACAUCGAUUUUCUCUUCGAAAGCUUCGUGCUGCACGUCGAGGCGCGGGACAUUGCCUCCGCGCAGAAAUUCCUCACCCUCGCGCUGCAGUGCGGGUACCGGGAGAGCGGGAUGUGCGUUUCGGGGAAGAGCCGCUGCAUGGUGCAGGUCCGCACAAACGCGUUCGGAAUGACGGUCCCGUGCCGCGUGUCGGAUCUGGCGUUUUCCGCCGGCUGGGCGGGCGGCCGCGUCAACAAUGUGCUGCGCGGGAAAAUGGAGGAGGAGGAAAACGCGAAGGACUUGAUGUCCUUCUGGCUCUCCUCCGCGAUGGAGCGCUUCGCGAAGAACAAAGCGCGAACGGAAAAGUUCUUUGACAUGCUAAAACACGCCGGGUUUGAACGCGAUCAGGGUCAGGAAACUUCUUGUAGAGCGUCUCGAAUCGCAGAAGAAGAUCUGCACGGAACAAGUACAAGACUAAGCAGCCCAUCUUCAUUUGGAGCAGCUGCUCCAGCGGCGCCUGCGUCUGCUCCUGUGAAGGCAACAACUGGCGCUGCAAAAUCGUUGAACACAAAAUCAUCAUCAAGACUCCCACCCGCAGUCCUCGACCUCAUCAGCCGGUCCGGGGGUGCGUUGGUGUGCGAAAAGUCCCGCGCAAAAUAUUGGAAGGAUACCGUGCAGGAAAAAGGGCUUUUUGACAAGAAAUUCGGUGUCAAGUGCGUCGAGCUCGAUGUAGUUCAUCAAAAUCUGCAAGAUUAUACAACAACCGGCGAAAACAAGAUGCUCGUGGGGCUCACACCGGAGGGUGUGGAGCAGAUGAAGAAGUUUCUUAGCGCGGCACGAAGUAGUCGAAGAGCAGAGAUUGCGGAAGCACACAGAGUUGGUGGCGAAGCACAUCACGCUCUAGUUUAUUUCGACGAAGCAGAGAAAGAAAUCGACUUCUACGUCAUGGAUGCGACCGAACUACGAGCUGCGGUCAAGGAGGUCGACAGCGGGUUAGUAAAGGCAAGAAAUCAUACUAGUGGUGCCACUGCCAGCAUCUGUAAGAAUGCGGGGUCGACGACGGUAAAUGAUGUCGUUGAAGACGAAGGAGCUCCUGCACACACCCAGAAGGUCGACGCUUUACAGAGCGCGGUAACGCACGACAGUAACCAGCAACUCUGGUGCCGGGCGAGUUCUUCACGACGCGCCGCCCCCGACCGGUACGAGUGGACGGACGAAAGUUGGGAGAAGCUCAGCGAGAUAUCAAAUGUAAAAAUGUCUGGGUCUGGAAGAAUGCAACUUGUCAUGCUAAAUCUGAAUCAGGCAAAAAACUGUAUUGCAUGAUUGGCAAAAGUUCUUGUGCACUUUUGACCUAAUCGCGAGGCAGUUUCUUAUGCAGGAUAGGCAUUGGAAAGGUUUCGCAGAAUCUGUCAUGCUAUGUCCUACAUACCAGACCUCAUUGGUUAUCGAAAACCUGCAUGACAAAUCUGGCAAUCUUCCAGACCCAGACACUUUUGCAAUCCAUACGAGAGUUCCGGCGACAAGUUUUGCCCGGUCGAAUUUCUGGACUACCUGCUGUCCGCGAGAAUCACCUUUCAGCCGGCUACGCAGACAAUCUGCCAGUUUCUCUGGUGCGUUUUACAGCAAAGGGUAAGUAGAGCCAAACUCUAUUCAUUAUCCCCAGAUGAACUACAUCAAGACAGGGACAGACGAGAAGAACUACAACCAUCGACGUCCCCACCUGCGGUCUUCGUGCCCGAACUGCCUGCUUGGUACUCCGAGCUGUCCCCGCCAUCUUCAUACGAAGAUGAACAUAUUACGACGACCUCUACUGCGCGGCGGUCUACUCCACCACCGCAGUUAACCUACCAGGUGCAGGGGAAAUUUGCGUUCAUCGAGAACAUUCCCCUGGACCUGCUCCAGCGGGUUCUCGCCCCCAGCAAGACGUUCUGGCUCACUUGGUAUGCGUUUCUGGUGCGCAGACACCCACAGGUGGAGGUGAUCGGGGUGCUGGGCGAAGUGGCGGAUGACGAUUUUCGUAGCCCGAAGGGAAUCCAGCUGUUUUGUGCCGUGAGUUCUACAGUUCACCACGACCCUCGUGGGGCCGGGCUAGGGUACAACUUGAACACGUUGGAAGUCUGCUUCAACCCGGCGGGCAGGAAAGUUCUACUACAGAAUAAAGGUGGUACAACAUCAUCAGCGAUAUCAUCAACCGAAAGAAAACCAGAACUCUGUCGUCCGCACGUCUGGAACAGAGUCAGCGAAAACGGCGUCCACUACACCUGGAAUGUGCUGAAGACCAUGUUCUGCAAGGGAAAUAUCUCGGAGAAAAUCCGAGUUAGGAGCAAACAAAGAAGCGUAUCUUCGAGGGAUGAAAAUGUUAUUUUUGCUUGUUCGAACGGAGUAGAUCAACAACAUGCUCAUGGGUACAGCAUCCAUCCAGACGAGACCGUCGUGGACCUGUUCGCUGGGAUCGGGUACUGGACCCUGCCGAUCCUGAAAGAGUUAGGCGAGAAGGGGAAGGUCUACGCCUGCGAGUGGAACCCAGCAUCAGUGGAGGGGCUGAGACGCGGGUAUGCGAUGAAUUUCCCGGCGGAACAAGCGAAGAGCAGCUCCUCGUCCUCGACGAAUAGGAAUAUUAAACAGAGGCUAACGAUUCUCCAGGGCGACUGCACGGUCGUCGCGCCGAAAACCGUCGCAGACCGGGUCAUCCUCGGUCUGUUGCCCGACACGGAGAAGUUUCGACGAACCGCGGCCGAGUGUUUGAACUGGGAGGAGAAAACCAGAGUCAAGAAACUGCACAUCCACCAAAACUUACGGGAAGACACAGAUUUUGCUGCUUAUUCUUCGAAAAUCUGCCAGGACUUCUUGGUCUUGCAGAAGGAAACUCGCGAGAACGAGUAUGGUUCUGACGAAAGUUACUGCGACUUCGAGGUGAAGGUAGAGCAUAUUCAGCGAGUGAAGUCGUACGCGCCGCGGGUGAGCCACUACGUCUUUGACGUGGCGUUCCUGCCGAGGGGCAUGGAUGCGCAGUUGUAGAGGUCUCGAUGAUGUCCUCGCACAGUCGAUGUCACGGCAAAACUACGGAUAAAGAGGAACAAGAUGGCUCCCGCAACUACAGCCUUUCACUUCCCUGGACGACAUUGUCUUUAUUCGGCAGAACCACGAGUAGAACCGAAACCGAUUGACAUUGUCAUUGAAAACCACGUGCACGCGGUUGUUGUCCUCUGACUUUAGGAUUGGCAACAACUGUGGAUGGUAGUACCGCGACC